AUGCGUUCUUCUCUCGUCCUGCUCGCCGCUCUGGCGGGCUCCUCUCUGGCCUACCCUGCCCGCGACAUCACCCACGACCGCCGCACCUUCGGUCUCCUCGCUGAUAUCCUCGGAGAUGUCACCGUCGACGUUGGUGACAUUCUCCACCUCAUCCUGGGUGGUGGCUCCUCUAGCUCCGUUUCCAUCCUCUCUGGUCUGAGUGCUCACGGUGCUGCUGCUCUUCAGGGUGGUGCUAUCGGAUGCAGUGCUGGCACCAUCCACGCCGAUGCUCGUGCUGAGCUCAAGAAGUGGCUGCACACCCAGGCCCACAUCAAGGGCUCCCUCAAGACUCACCUUCUGACUUGGUGUGAUGCUUCUGCCGAUGUCACCUUGGCUGCUGAUGUCCUGGCUUCUCUGUCCGCAUUCAUCCCCGCUUGCGCUGAGAUUGCUGCCAAGGACUCCAUCUAUGUGACCAUUGAUGGUGUCUUCUCCGCUGUGGACCUGGCGUCCACUCUUGUCCUUGAGCUCUCUGCUCAGGCUUCUCUUUCUGCUUUCCUCGAGGCCCACUUGAGCCUUGGUGCUGAUAUCCGUGCUGGUCUCGGUGUCUGUGCUAACGGUGGUGUCGUUGGCAGCUUGACUGCUGAUAUCAAGGCUUCCCUGCUUGCUUGGCUCAACCUUGAUGGCUGCCCUCUCAGCGCUGACCUGAAGGUCUCCCUUCUUGCCUGGAUCCACGGCAAGCACGGUGCUGGUCUCGUCGCCAUUGGUUCUCUCUCCGAGAGUGCUCUGUCUGCUAUCUCCGUCGGUGCUUCCGUUGGUCUCUCCGUUGAGGAGCAUGGUGCUCUUUCUGUCCACGCUCAGGGUUCCAUCGCUGCUUUCCUCGAGGCUGACAUUGCCGCCAACCUCGAUGCCAACAUUCUCCUCGCCCUCCAGGGUUGCGCCAAGGGUCACCUCGCCUCCUCCCUGUCCGUUGAGGUCCGCACCGCUCUCGCUAUCUGGCUCUCUGGCUCCAGCUGCUCCCUGGGUGUCGAGCUGAAGUCUGUUGUCCUGCUGUGGCUGUCUCUGGGUGCCACUGUUGACACCUCCGUCGACCUCGUUACUGGCCUUGUUGGUGAUAUCACCGGCUUCCUGAGCGUCACCGUCCUUGAGACCCUGAGCGUCAACCUUCGUGGUGCCCUUGGUCUUCUCAUCUCUGGCGAGAGCCUCGCUUCUCUCUCCUGGGAGGCUCGUGCUGAGCUUGCUGCCUUCCUUGGUGGCUGCACCAGCAUCGACAUCGGCGUUAGCAUCGAGCUGAUCAUUAUCGAGUGGUUCACUGGCUGCAGCAUCCCCGGUGCUCCCAAGCCUUCUUCCUCCGUCCCCAGCCUGCCCUCGUCCACCCCUGCUGUUCCCUCCGGCUCCGUCUCUGUCUCCAUCCCUGGUGGUCCCCACGGUGGUUCUACUCCCACUGGUGGUUCUCCUUCCCAGACUCCUGGUGUCCCCUCCGGUGGUGUCCCCUCUGGCCCUGCUCCCUCCGGCUCUGUCUCUGUCUCUAUCCCCGGUGGCCCUCACGGUGGCUCUACCCCCACUGGUGCCUCUCCUGGCGAGACCCCUGCCCCCAGCGGCCCCUCUGGUGCGACUACCACUCCUUGUGACACUGAGACCAGCGCCAUUGUUGGCUCUACUGUGAUCCCCGGUGGCCCUGCUCCUUCGGGCUCCGUUCCCUCUGGACCUGCUCCCUCUGGACCUGUCCCCAGUGGCCCUGAGGCCUCUUCCACCCCCUGUGAUACCGAGACCAGCGCCAUUGUCUCCUCUACUGUCGUCCCCGGUGGUCCCAACGGUGGCUCUACCCCCACUGGCGUCUCUCCUGGCGAGACUCCUGCCCCCAGCGGUCCCUCCGGUGCUACUACCACUCCUUGUGAAACCGAGACCAGCGCCAUUGUUGGCUCUACUGUGAUCCCCAGUGGCCCUGCUCCUUCGGGCUCUGUUCCUUCUGGACCUUCUCCCUCCGGUGCCUCUCCUUCUGAGUCCGGCGGUGUGCCUGGCGGCCCUGCUCCCUCCGGAGCUGCUACUACCCCCUGUGAUACUGAGACCAGCGCCAUCGUCACCUCGACGGUGAUUCCCGGAGGCCCUGCUCCUUCAGGCGCAUCUCCCUCUGAGUCUGGCGGUGUUCCUGGCGGCCCUGCUCCCUCUGGCGCUGCUAGCACCCCCUGUGAUACCGAGACCAGUGCUAUUGUCACCUCCACCGUCAUCCCCGGUGGCCCUGCCCCCUCUGGUGCAUCUCCCACCGAAUCUGGCAACGUCCCUGGUGGCCCUGGUGCUAGCGCCAGCACUCCUUGCGAGACCGACGUCACCCCCGUCGUCUCCUCCACCGUUGUCCCCGGCGGUGGUGCCAACCAGCCCCCUGCUCCUACCACUGCUCCCUCGGGCCCCAGCGGCGGUGCUGACGAGACUGACAGCACCGCGACUGUCACCGUCACCUCCACCGUCUGCAACUGCUCGAAAUAA